AUGAACGUAGUAAUAUUCAAAUCGGACCCUCUCUCGUAUGAUCAGGUUAGGGCUUUGGAUAAGAUCUUCACCGAUCACGGAAUUCAAGUGAAUGUGGUAUCCAAAUUCCAUCCAGAUUCUAGCGAGUUGAAGGCUGAUUUAUAUCUCAUUUUGACACCAGGAAAAGAAUUGGAGAGCAAGUUCUUUGUACGACAAUGUGCUAGUCAUAUUUCCAAGGUUGACGCGAUGAAUCCGGUUAUUCUAUUUGACCAUCAACUGAACUCAACAUUCCCGGUCCUAUUCAAUUGCUUAGUUAAGAAGGGGUCUUUGAAAUCAAGGCCCGUGUAUGGGUUGCCGGUAUCCCAUUUAGAUACCUCUUCACUCAAUUCAGGGGACCUAAGGGUACUGAUCGAUCUAGGAAUGUCAGGAAUUGCCCAAUACUUUGACUACAUAAUAAGUUUGUCCCGAACCGAAGAAGCUUCCCAGAUUGUUCAAGCAAUGGUCAAUCAUGGCAAGCAAAACUUCAACAAUGAGUUCAUACAAAGUUUAUCUUAUUUUUACUUGCCUGUCUCUCUUCAGAAAGGGCAGCUAUCAGUAUUCGAUCCAUUGACAGAUCCUCAGACAAUUCAGAAAUUCAAAAACUUGAAUCUUUCCUGUCUAGAUGACAGCGUGACCAGUUUAGAAGAGCUGAUGGAAGCUUGCAUCUACAAUGAUAGGGUCAUUCAUUCGGUGUCUAGACACCAAGAACUGGCAUUCAACUAUACUCAUGGUACUAAAUUAUGA